CUCACCACAUUCCCACCCACCAUGGCUUCGUCACGCAUCUUCGUGAAGGGUCUCCCGCCCACCUUUGACGAAGCCCAAUUUCGAAAGCACUUUGGGCAAAAAGGGCAGAUCACAGAUGCAAAGAUCUUUCCCAAUCGUCGCAUUGGCUAUGUUGGCUACAAAACCAGCGAGGAUGCCGAACAGGCGGUCAAGUACUUCAACAAGACUUUCAUUCGCAUGUCUCGUAUCGGCGUAGAGAUGGCCAAGCCCAUUGACGAGAGCCUUGCUACCAGACGUCAUCCUACAGCUAAGGUCACAGGUGCUAACCAGCAGACGGCUACCGAGAGCAACAAGCUGAAGCGCAAGCGCGACAGCGAGAGCAAACCCAAGGAUGACGCCACCGAAAACGACCCCAAAUUGAAAGAGUUCCUCGACUCGUACAAAUCGAAGUCCGACAAGAAGGCGCUCGAGAACCAGGCGAUGGUCGCAGGAGCAGAGCAAGACGAGGAGGCUGCAGUCGUAGAGGCUGGGGAGAGCGAUGACGAGUAUGAGCAGGUGCCAAAGAAAACGAAACGAACAAGAUCAGAGACGAAGCCCAUCCAGGACACACCGAUGCAAGAUGCGGCGGUGGAAGUGGUCGAGGCAGAAGCUCCUUCAGGCGAUGCUGCGACAGAUCUUGGGCAAGAUGGAAGCAAUGAUAUACCGGCAGUCUCUGAUGCGGAAUGGGCUCGUUCUCGGACAAGCCGCCUGCUUGGCCUGCUGGAGGAUGACGAAGAAGAAGCUGUGCCCACGAAGCCAGCUGAAUCUGAUUCGGAAGCCGAGUCUCCACAGCAGGAUGAUGCUCCCGGCCAACGAGAGAAGACACCCGCGGAGCCGGAAUCCUCAAUACCCACACCGCCUGCGGAAGACGAUGACGAACACGAGGACCAAGACAUCAAGCAGGUGCGCACCACGAUGCGCCUAUUCGUGCGCAACCUGCCAUACGAUGUCAAGUACGAAGACCUCGAGGGUCAAUUCGAACCAUUUGGCAAUCUUGAGCAGAUACACAUUCCGCUAGACAAGACGUCCGGUGCAGCGAAGGGCUUUGCUUAUGUUCAGUACACAGAUCCGGACUCUGCCGAAAGAGCUUUGAUUGAGCUCGAUGGGCGCAUUUUCCAAGGUAGACUGAUGCACAUCCUUCCUGGCGCUGCAAAACGAGAGAAGAAGCUUGAUGACUUCGACCUCGCCAAACUUCCACUGAAGAAGCAGCAUGAGAUCAAGCGGAAACGAGAAGCUGCGAACACAGUCUUCAACUGGAACGCUUUGUACAUGAACCAAGAUGCUGUCAUCUCCAGUGUUGCCAAUCGACUCGGUAUUGCGAAGUCCGAAGUUCUCGAUCCAACUUCGAGCGACGCUGCCGUCAAGCAAGCUCAUGCUGAGACACACAUUAUUCAAGAGACAAAGUCUUACUUUCGACAACAAGGCGUUGAUCUAGACGCGUUCAAGAAAAGCGCGCGUGGGGACACGGCCAUUUUGGUCAAGAACAUUCCAGCGGACUGCAGCCGAGAUGAGCUGCAGCGACUCUUUGACGAGCAGGGAGACGUCAAGCGAUUCCUCAUGCCACCUGCUGGCACAAUAGCGAUUGUGGAGUACAGCAACCCUGCGCAGUGCAAGGCCGCAUUUGGGACAUUGGCGUAUCGAAGAGUGAAGUCGUCCGUGCUGUUCUUGGAGAAGGCACCCAAGGAUGUCUUCUCUGCCAAGCCGAUCGAUGAUCCCGCCACAUCCGCAACUGCUGAAGGUGUUAGCAAGCUCUCGACGUCUGACCUGAAGGACACUGUCGUGCCUGACACUGCAGGUUCGGCGACGUUGUUUGUGCGCAAUUUGAAUUUUAGCACCACGACGGACGUCCUUACCCAAACAUUCAAGGCUCUCGAUGGGUUCCUCAAUGCUCGGGUCAAGACCAGGGUCGAUCCUAAACGAGGUGAACUUAGUAUGGGCUUUGGCUUUCUCGAGUUCAACAGUGCCAAACAGGCUCAGGAUGCACUGCGUGCUAUGGACGGCUACAGUCUUGAAGGUCACAAGCUGCAGAUCCGCGCUUCUCACAAAGGUGAAGAUGCCGCGGAGAAGCGCAAGAAGGCUGAUAAGGCUAAGAAGGCAGCUACGACUAAAGUCAUCAUCAAGAACUUGCCAUUCGAAGCAACGAAGAAGGAUGUUCGAGCCCUAUUUGGCGAGUACGGUCAACUGCGAAGUGUUCGUGUGCCGAAGAAGAUGGACCGCGGAGCCCGAGGUUUCGCGUUUGCAGACUUCACUACUGUCAAGGAAGCACAAAGUGCAAUGGAUGCUCUGAAAGAUACUCACUUGCUGGGCCGAAGGCUCGUGCUGGACUUUGCUGCUGAAGAUCCGGAAGAUGCCGAAGCAGAGAUUGAAAAGAUGCAGCAGAAGGUUGGCGCGCAAGUCAACAAGGUUGCGUUGCAGAAGCUUGCUGAAGGUGGCAAGAGGAGGAAGUUUACUACUCAGCAGGACGCUGACGAGGAUGCUUGAGAAGCGUGAUAUCCGAAACAUCAAUACAAGUAACUCAUCCAUCGACAACCAGUCAUGUGAACUCGCUGCUGGCAGCCGGUGUUUUUACAUUGUUCUCAUCUGGCCUCUGCUCAAACCACUCACAUCGCAAAAGCGCUAUCCUAAUACGGUUUAUGCAGUCACGUGGACUACUGCUCAGAUCGAGAACUACAUAUGACACAUCCCUUGCGUGGCUGAUGCGACCUUUUCUGCAACCUUAGGCUACCGAGAUGCAGUGUUCAAGUGCUUUGCAGACGAUGACUUCAACAAAAACUCGAGCCGGACGUCGUUCGGAAAAUACUGCCUUUCUAUCUCGACGACACGGGCCAACACAAUGCUUACAUUCCGUCGCCUUCAAUAUCGCAUUCCAUAUGCCACGCCGACUGUCUUACUUGGAGAUUGGCCACCACUGCCAAGCCAAUCCCCAUCCCUCUCUCGAUCGCUCUUCUGCCAGGCGUUACAUCGUCGCCUUCGAUGCCCUUGCACUCCACUUUGAUGAGACCUGUCUGCACGGUCUGUGCGAACUCACCUGCUCAUGCUGGCCACUUUUUGGUUGUGCAAUCGGUACACUAUCCGACCCACCUUUGCGCGCAUGAGCAGAGGAUGUGGCCGAGAUUGCUGCUGUUCCUCCUGGGUCCCUGAUGGCGACACAAGACUCUGUCAGCGCCACCCUUUGCCUGUCUAGAUCAUCGACCUGUAUAUACUGCCUAUUCUGCGUAGCAACGACGGCGUCAUCCGCGGUUUUGCUGCCUACCACGAC